AUGUUCCUCCACUUGAAUGUCAGUAAAUGGAGAAGGCUUUUAAUUAUUCUGAUUAUAAUAGCCUUUCUGUUGGCGGCAUGUCAAAUCCUGCAGGGUGAAAAUGGAAAGUCCCACUGGGAGUUAAACAAGUCUUCAACUGAAGUUCCAUUGAUUGUAUGGUGGACACCAUUAGUGGAUGGUGGUUAUGAAUCAAGGCGGGUUUGUGACCUUAGUAAUUUCUGCAGAUUUACUACAAAGAGGGACAAGUUGGAAGAUGCCAGUGCCAUUUUAUUCUACGGAUCAAAUGUCAAAAUCGAUGAUUUUCCAUUGCCUCGCCACCCCCAUCAUAUAUGGGCUUUAAUCCAUGAAGAGUCUCCACGAAAUGUACCAUUUAUGCCAUAUAAUGAUUGGCUACAGCAUUUUAACUUCACAUCAACCUUCAGUCGAAAUAGUAACAUGCCAUUGACCACGUAUUAUUUGACUGAUGUGGAAAACUUGACUAGUCCCACAUACACGAUCCCUAUAGGAGAAAAAUCACGACAUAAAGAAAACGCUUUAGUAUUAUUUAUUCAAUCAGAUUGCGAUACCAUGUCUGGACGUGAUGACUACGUGAAGGAAUUAAUGAAUUACAUUAAAGUCGACUCACUUGGAAACUGCCUCAAGAAUCGGAAUUUGCCGGAAAGCUUACAGAAAAUACAGGGAGACUAUUUAAACAAUUUGUAUGCUCCAGAGUUAUUAAAAUUCAUGGCUCGUUAUAAAUUUGUAAUAUCGUACGAAAAUGGAGUUUGCGAUGACUAUAUAACAGAAAAGUUUUGGAGACCUCUUAUUGCUGGAUCUAUACCCAUUUAUUACGGAUCACCUUCUAUAAAGGAUUGGUCUCCGAACGAAAAUUCAUUUAUUGAUGUGAGAGAUUUCAAAAGUCCUGAAUCGUUGGCUAUAUAUCUCAAAGAAUUAGAUGCAAAUGACAGAGCUUACAAUUCGUAUUUAAAUCAUAAAUACAAUAUGCUGCAGCCUAUUACAAACAAGCGUCUUCUACAUGACCUAAAAACCCGCAAAACGGCAAUGCAUAACGGAGAUUUGUUUCAAAGUUUUGAAUGUGCUGUUUGUUCUUACGUUUACAAUCUAAAGAAUAAGAAGGAAAAUCGAAUGGCAUCUGAAAGGCAUUACCAAUGUGCUCACGAACCAGUCUACCCGUCAAUGUAUGCGAAGGUAUCAAACUAUGAUGAUUGGUACUCCAUUAUGAAUAUUGGCAAAUGUAAAGCACAUAUAUUGGAUACACUAUUUAAGCGAAAUAAAAAUUUUACGAGCGCAGAAUUUAGGAAAAUAUUAAAUAAAAAAGUCUCGAUUGGCGAAUGUUAA